UGUGUCGGCCUAUUUUUCCUUUGUUAUACACCAAUGGUUGCCUAUUUUGUUUGGAGUGCAUUAUUUGGACGUCCACUUCCUUUGCCUUUCGAAUUUGUAUUAAUUACAAGUGCUUUAGUUCAAUUUCAAAGUGCUUUUAAUCCUUUUCUCUACACACUUUUUGCUACACAAUUUAGAGAAAAAUUGUCAAAAUUAUUUUUAAUUUGUAACAAAAAAGGAAAAAAUAAAAUAAUUAAUCAACAUAAAAUUAGUGCAAAAUCAACAAGUACUUUUUCUGUUUAA